AUGAAUCGGUGUGUAUUGAACGAAAUUGCAUUGCAGGCGGAACGUAUAGCUGAUCUUGAGAAGGCGCUAUGCGGUCUGUCCGUAGCCGAAAGGAGGCGUUCUUUUGCUUCAAAUUUAUUGCAACAGAUAGUUACGCACAUGCGCACUUCAUUAGUGUCAUCGUGGUAUUUUUUUUUUGCUGAAGCGAGUGAAACUUCUGCACUGCCCGGUUCGCUUGAACGUCACAGUAUUGCAACGAGUUCUCUAGAUGAUCUUGUGAGGGGAUGUUUGAUGAAGUCAUUCACUGUUAGCCGUGUCUGGACGUCGUUUUUGAUCUACAGCAUUAAAAAUACUGAUGGACGUGAAAGUUCUGGAUUGUUUGCGCUAUUUUGGAUUUUUCUGAAUUUUUUGCGCUAUUUUGGAUUGUUCCGGAUUGUUUGCGCUGUUUUGGAUUGUUCUGGAUUGUUUGCACUGUUUUGGAUUGUUCUGGACUGUUUGGCACAUAAAAUUCUUUUAGCUACUGCAAGCACGGCAGAUUUCUCGGAAGUGAAAAAUGAAGAGGAAAAGAAGGGUUUGGAAAAGUGCGAGAGCACAGACGAUGAAUACAAGAAUCAGACGGGUUCGGAUGACGAUAUUUCACCAGUUACAGUAAGACCGGUUUCCUCUCAAACAACAAUAUCAAUGCGUGAAAUGCGGACAAUGAUCUCAGUGCAAGAGAUGCACGAACGUUGUACCGCUUUGAUCGUUUGGACUGAGGCGCAUAAUGCCUACACAGUCUUCAGUACCAAGCCAUUGUUUUAUUUUGUCAAAGAAAGCAGCAUAAAGCGCAUGGGGGUGAAGUUGAAUCGACAGUCGGUGGCUGAAACAUCUGCUGAGCAGCGUCCAAACUGGUUGAUGGUAGUAAUUACACGCCUUGAAUUAUGCAAAAUACUUAAGGCGGAAAAUCGGUAUAAUUUGAAAGUUGGUGCGAAAUUCUACAGAGUGGAGGUGGAACCGCUUCACAUCGAUUCAUCGAGUAUCCGACGACACACUGAUGAAUAG